UGCUGUCAACUUGACGUUUCCGCUCUGAAGGUCGCUCAAAAAAUGACCAGAGUUAACAGCUUGCAAAUAGUUAUCCGUUAACGUUUGAACUCGUCGGUUUUUCACGGUGAGCGGGAACUGGCAACUUCCGGUCACGGUUUGAACAAAGACACUCGUCUCCGGAUCAUCGGGUGAUGCUAACGUGCUAACCAUCCAGGGGUGCCGAAGGUUAGCUUCUAGGCUAACCGAGCAGAGGUCUUCCCUGUUAUCAGUUAGCUCCGUUAGCCGCUAGCUGUUAGCAUGCAGUGUGUUAACGUUCUGAAAAAGAGAAGUCUGGAAGCGGAAGUGGAGCCGUGGAGCUGCAGACCGAAGCGAGUGUGUUUUGGGGCGGAGCUCCAGGUGACCGAGUGUCCAAUGGAAACGUCCCACACCUUUACAGUAUCCAAUCAGCAGCAAGAACAGCAGGUCCGUGUGGGUCGGUCCAGAUCUCCUCUGCUCUGCUGCUCCAGGUGUCUCGGAGGAGAACCAGUUCUCUGAUGCUGCGAUUGGUCUCCCUCACCCCAUCAGUACCUGACAGUGGUGGUCCGUGUCCAGUCCGUCCCACAGACUCAUGAACUGGGCCUUCAUCAUGGCCGUCGCUUCGUGGUCCGAGCUGGAUCGGCUCCUGAGGAACGAGUCUGUUACAGACAUGAAGUCAGUAUUAAUGCUCCGAUACCGCUAGUUAGCUUAGCAUAAAGACUUGAAGCAGGUGGUAACAGCUAGCCUCACUCUGUACAAAAGACGGCUAAAUGUCCAGAGAUAUUUUUAAAAGGGUACUCAUCAGUUUCAGACAUUGACCCCGGCCACCACCCGCCCCCCAUUGAUUGACAGGUGCGUGUCACCUAUCUCGUCGACAAAGAUGAUGGACGGCUGCAGUUUGACAGCCAAUGAGAAGACAGCAGCCGCUAGCUUCUGGGACUCCCCAUACCACUUGUCAGUCAGCGUGCUGGGCUGCAGGUUAAUGAAGCGAAACCCCGCCUCCUUGGCCGUCGCCUUGGCGAUGAGCGUCUUCCCACAACCAGGUGGUCCGUACAGCAACACACCUGUUACCAUGUCGACACAAGUAAAGGAGUCAGUUCUUCAUUAACGAAAUCUGCAGCCAGAUGUUUUUCACUAAACUGAUCUGGAUUAACUUCUGACCUUUA